ACUUACAUUUGGUCACGUUUCAGUUUUGAUUAGCAUUCAGUUAAUUAUGUUAUUAAACAGUGCUUGGGCUUAAAUUAUAUAAAUAUAUGCUUUAUUCAUCAAUAUCUUAUACAUACUCUAUGUAGAAAAGUGUGAUGAUGGUUACCAUAUACUUAUCUUAUUGCAUAUAGUCAAAUCUUCUUAAAUCUAUGCAGCUAUAUUAAUGAUCCUAGUUGGCUGAUUAGCAUAAAAGAUUAUCCCCGCGGGGAGUUGAUCAUUUUAAAGUCAAUACAAAAUCAUAGUACUCCUUAUGAAUCUAAAGUAGUAGAAGUUAAUAUAUCGUUGUUUUACAGAUGAAGUAAGAAUAUGCAUAUAUGAUGCAUUAUCCGAUGUUUACGUAAUCAAAAACAACUGAAAAGAGGGAAACAUAGUUAAAAUUUAAUUAUUGUUUUCGGAUCAGAGUUCAUGUAUGGACCAUGUGACAUAAUUGAUAAUAUCAGUUACAAAUAGAGAGAACUUACAUACAUCUCUAUGGUAGAACACCUGGCAUAAAAACCAAACAAAGAAAAACUCUUUAUGAUGCAUCAUCUCCUUUGACCUGCCGUAAGACGGAUUCGGGUCAACCGAUUUUAAAAUUUGCGGGGCGGGUGCGGGUCGUACGUAUCUUUAUCCAUCUAGUUUUUUUCCUACCCCACAAGCAGCAAUUAAAGUCUUGAACUAAUUCUAUUGGUUAACCGAUUCAAAUCCACCCUGUUAUUUUAUUCAAAUGAUUAUAUGAUAAUGUUUUCAAGUUCAUUAGUCUUAUUUCAACGCUCCAAAUAUAUUCUAAGAGGUUGUCAAUUCUCAGUGAUCUAUACAUAAAAAGGGUUACAUGUAAAUGUCAUUUGAUUUGUAUUACUAAUCUUUGAGAACCAUUUUUGUAUAGAUCAAAGAGAUGGGUUUCAACGACCCUUCGUUAAACUCAAUCAUCCUUUGGUUUGCCGCCGUAACGUCUCCCUUAAUUAUCUCCGUUAUCUUCAUCUUUUUAUGCAUGUGUUUUCUCAAACGCCGUAGGUUUGUGGAUGCAUUACCGGAAACAGAAGACGACCACCACCACAGAAGAGAAACACCGUGCCAAGGGCUUAGCGCUUCUGUGAUUGCCGCCUUUCUGACCUUUUCUUACAAACCGGACAAUAAUGAUACCGAGAGCAACAAUCAAGAGAUAGAAUGUCCGGUUUGCUUAAGGUUAAUCCCUAAGAAUGUCGUUAUUAAGGUUUUACCAAAUUGUAAGCACAUGUUUGAUGAGGACUGUAUUGGUAGGUGGCUCGAAACUCACGUAACUUGUCCUGUGUGUCGUAGAAUGGCUGAGCCCAUGGCUAGCACUGGGGACAAGGUCUUAGAAAGUAUAGUAUAGUUGAUGGUCUUAAUUAUAUAUGUUAAUCUAUAUAGUUUUCCUUUUUGUUAGUUGUAAUAUAUAUGAAUGAUAUGGAAAUUUACAAAUGAUAUAACUCAACAUGCGCAGCUUUGAGUCAUAGUACUUGAAUUUCGAUCAAGUGAAAGACCCAAUUUUGAUUUAGGUCGUGAAGUUUUUUUUUUUUUUUUUUUUUUUUUGGUCAAAGGUCGUGAAGUUAUGUAUAGCUCGUUCUUCCAUUCGUUAUACAAACUCUGUACUACUAUCUCAGAUGGAUAACUAUAACAAUGUCAAAGCCAACAAGAAAUGGUGGUAUGUUUAGAAUUUU